GGAGGAGAAACCCUUUUUGCCACGCAUUCAUACCACUCCCCCAAAUUCUCUCCAAUAAAAACCCACCAAAAUCGCCUCUAGGGUUUUUACUUCACUCUCUCUCUCUCUCUCUCUCUACUCCGUUACUCUGUCCUUGACCCAAGAUGUCAUCCGCCUUCGCGCCGCCUGUGGAUGAAAUCUCUUCCCUAUCCCUAACCCCCGCCACCACGACCGUCGAGGAAUCCGAAUUCUCUCAGCGCGUCCUGAUCCGGUCCAUCAUCACCCGGCCCGACGGCGGCGCCGGUCUGGCCGGCCAGACGGUCCGCGUCGGCGGCUGGGUCAAGACCGGCCGCAAGCAGGGCAAUGGCACCUUCGCCUUCCUCGAGCUCAACGACGGCUCGUGCCCCGCCAAUCUCCAGGUAAUUGUCGAUGAGGCCGUGGGACAGCUGAGCCAGCUGGUGGCGACUGGCACGGGCGUGCACCUGGAGGGAGAGUUGAAGGUGCCGCCAGUAGAGGCGAAGCAGAGGGUCGAGCUUAGGGUUCAGAAGAUUCUUGAUUUGGGGACUGUGGAUCCGGCUAAGUACCCGUUGCCUAAGACUAAGCUUACCCUUGAGCUUCUGAGGGAUUAUGUUCAUCUUCGACCUAGAACCAAUACGAUUUCUGCAAUCGCUCGCAUCCGCAAUGCUUUGGCUUAUGCAACCCAUACAUUCUUCCAGAAGCACGGGUUUCUUUACGUUCACACUCCUAUAAUCACCACCAGUGAUUGUGAAGGUGCAGGAGAAAUGUUCCAAGUCACAACCUUGAUUAACGAUGCUGAAAAGUUGGAGAAGGAGUUGAUUAAGAAUCCUCCUCCAUCUGAAGCUGAUGUGGAAGCGGCUAAGCUACUUGUCACGGAGAAAGGAGAGGCUGUUUCUCAACUAAAAUCCGCCAAAGCCAAUAAGGAAACAAUAACUGCCGCCAUCGCAGAACUAACAAAAGCUAAAGAGAGUCUCUCAAAGCUGGAAGAGAGAUUUAAGCUGAAACCUGGUAUACCUUACAAGGAUGGGAAGAUAGAUUACUCCCAAGAUUUCUUUGCCCGACAAGCAUUUUUGACUGUUUCUGGACAGCUUCAAGUUGAAACUUUUGCCUGUGCCCUCAGUAGUGUCUAUACAUUUGGUCCAACUUUUCGAGCAGAACACUCACACACCUCAAGGCAUCUGGCAGAGUUCUGGAUGGUGGAGCCUGAAAUAGCAUUUGCAGAUAUUCAGGAUGACAUGAACUGUGCAGAGGGGUAUGUUAGAUUCUUGUGUCAAUGGUUACUUGACAAUUGCCUUGAUGAUAUGGAAUUUAUGGUUAAGAACUACGACAAAAGUGCAAUUGAUCGUCUAAGAAUGGUUUCUUCUACCAAAUUUGUCCGUAUUUCUUACACGGAAGCAGUUGCAAUUCUUGAGGAAGCAUCGAAAGAGAGGCAGUUUGAGAAUAAAGUAGAAUGGGGGAUUGAUUUAGCAUCUGAACAUGAAAGAUACUUGACUGAAGUGAAAUUUAAAUCCCCUGUUAUCGUUUAUAAUUAUCCGAAAGGGAUUAAAGCAUUCUAUAUGAAGGUCAACCCUGACAACAAAACAGUUGCUGCUAUGGAUGUGCUUGUACCGAAGGUUGGAGAACUAGUUGGAGGAAGCCAAAGAGAAGAGCGUUACGAGGUCAUCAAGGAUAGGAUAUUGGAGAUGGGGCUUCCUCUUGAGCCGUAUGAGUGGUACCUUGACCUUCGUCGCUUUGGCACUGUCAAACAUAGCGGUUUUGGUUUAGGCUUUGAAAGGAUGAUUCUCUUUGCCACUGGGCUUGAAAACAUCAGAGAUGUAAUUCCCUUCCCAAGAUACCCUGGAAGAGCAGAUCUGUGAUUUAUUACAAGGUUAUACGGAUGCAAGGAUUUUGCUUUAGCAAUAGCUUUUGAACUAUAUCGAUUACUGUUAUUAAGUAUUCCCAUGUUAAUCAGAACCGAAUAUAGAAACUAUGAUAAUGCAUUGCUGUUUGUGAAUUGCCCCUUGCAGUUUAGGGGUCGUAUUGGGGUGCAUAAUUGCUGUGGAUUCUUUUGCCUAUGAAUUGGUAUUCGUUGUUUGAUUUUCCAGUA